AUGGCGCCCAAAAGAACACAGCACUACCCGCCGCUGGACUACCGAGCAGGCCAGGUCCGACUCAUCACAUUUCAAAAAGCAACGGCUGGUGCAAUUAGAGGCCGCCUGCAUGUCUUCCCAAUUUCUCAGUGUCCAGAGUAUUUGGCCGUAUCAUACACAUGGGGCGAAGAGCCGCCACGUCGCACAGUUUAUCUAAACAACAAUAAAAUUCGCAUUCGAGAGAAUAUCUAUCAGGCUUUGAAAGUCAUUGUGAGAAUGCGAAACCGCCACAGCAUCCAAGACAAUGGUUGGAAAUCGCCGAAGAUGCUACAAGGGCUCAUCCAAGAAGUGGCAGAGUGUCAAUACUUCUGGAUAGACUCUCUGUGCAUCAAUCAGGCUUCCGUUCAAGAGCGGAACCACCAGGUCGGUCUGAUGAGGCAGAUAUUCUCAAAUGCAAGGUCUGUAAUUGCAUGGCUUGGACCGGAAAGCGAAAACAGCUCCAGAGUGAUGAAGACUAUCAACGAGUACCAACCACAAGCAGCGCCUGUUGCACUGUCCUUCAUGCCUCUUCGAAUGCCUGAAGACGUCAGAGCUGCGCUACUAAUUCUUCAGGCUCUUCCCUACUGGAGAAGACUAUGGAUCGUGCAAGAGAUCAUACUCGCCCGAAAUAUCCUUCUACUAUGGGGUGAAGAUGGCAUGUGCUGGAACCAACUUGCGAAUAUCUGCCUUGGCUGUGGGCUCGAUAUUGGGCCUCAGGGAAGAAUGGUGACUGCCGAGUAUGCCGAGCAGAACAUAAACGAACGGUCUGAAGGGUGGAUCAAGCUAGUGAUGAGGAAAAAAAAGAUAGAGGCCUAUCUGAAAGGAUCAUCACGACAGAAGACUGAGGGUGGGGAUAUUAAAUCGCCCUCGUUGUACGCGCUGAUAAUGGAAUUUUCCGAGCAGGAGUGUCGUGAGCCAAGGGACAAAGUGAUUGGUCUGCUGGGCUUGCUUUUCGACGAAGCUACAGAACUAGGUGACUACUCUGUACCUCUUGAAGAAUAUUAUGAAAUGGUCUGUAGGUAUGCAUUUCGCACUGCUGAUAUUAAGGGAGAUUGGAGUAAGCAACGGUUUCAAGGCUGCCUUAGGAGGAGUCUUGGUCUUCCGGUGUCGUAG